AUUCCCCCCGAAGGGAACCGAGAACCAGCCCUCUUGCAACGCGAUUCCUGAUGAAGGGCAGGGGAAAGAUGGCUCCGGGGGACGGCGCACGUGCGGUAUGCUGUGUGGAGUCAACAGAAGAAAUCACCGAGAUAGAAGGGAAGGAGAAACGACCCGGCGAUUAAUCCGUCGACGCCUCUCCAUCGCCCUGCAUCUCGCUUCUUCUCUCUCUCAACUCCUGAGGCGAUGAUCGAAAGGCCGAACCGGAAACCCUAGGGCACUGCCUCCCCUUCCUUUCCAAGAAGCCGGCUUCAAACCCUAGGAGGCCGCAUCCGUCUCGGGCACCCACGGCGCAGGACGGGGAGCGCGCGGCGGCGGCGGCGGCGGCGGCGGCGGUGGAAGGAGGGUUGGAGAGGGGGAGGUCGUCGGCGGGGGCGGGGCUGGGGACCGGGCUGCGGUAUCUCGCUGGGGUCGCCGGGGGGUGGUGGGAGAAGUGGACGGUAAUGGGAGCCGCGGGUUCCAAGCUCGAGAAGGCUCUUGGAGACCAGUUCCCCGAAGGCGAGCGGUACUUCGGCCUCGAGAACUUCGGCAAUACUUGCUACUGUAACAGCGUCUUGCAGGCAUUAUAUUUUUGUGUUCCAUUCAGGGAGCAGUUACUAGAAUAUUAUGCAAACAACAAGAACCUCGGAGAGACAGAGGAGAACCUUAUGACAUGUUUGGCAGAUUUGUUCACUCAGUGUUACUGUAUCCUUCAUCUAGGUUAUUGUGGAGCAAUACUGGAAUAUUUGGCUGCUUUAUUUUUGUAAUAAGUUCCCAAAAGAAAAAAACUGGUGUUAUUGCUCCAAAGCGUUUUGUGCAGAGAGUGAAGAAACAGAACGAGUAUUUCCGUAGUUACAUGCACCAGGAUGCACAUGAGUUUUUGAAUUUCUUGCUGAACGAGCUUGUUGAAGUUCUUGAGAAAGAGUCUAGUGCUGCAACAAGUUCCCCUGAAACCUCAUCAGCAUCAGAAAAGACUGCUAAUGGGCCAGUCCACCCUCAAGCAAACGGAGUUCGUAAAGAGCCACUUGUUACAUGGGUCCAUAAGAGUUUUCAGGGUAUAUUAACCAAUGAAACUAGAUGCUUACGGUGUGAAACGGUCACUGCAAGGGAUGAAACCUUUUUUGACUUGAGCCUUGACAUUGAGCAAAAUAGUUCUAUAACAAGCUGCCUCAAAAACUUCAGUUCAACAGAGACUUUAAAUGCUGAAGACAAGUUCUUCUGUGACAAGUGCUGCAGUUUGCAGGAAGCCCAGAAAAGGAUGAAGAUCAAGAAGCCGCCACAUAUCCUUGUGAUCCAUCUCAAGCGCUUCAAGUAUAUUGAGCAGCUUGGGCGAUACAAGAAACUGUCAUACCGGGUUGUGUUUCCCUUGGAGUUGAAGCUUAACAACACGGUUGAUGAUGCAGACUCUGAGUACUCUCUCUUUGCUGUUGUGGUCCAUGUCGGGAGUGGUCCCAACCAUGGACACUAUGUCAGCCUUGUUAAAAGCCACAACCAUUGGUUGUUCUUUGAUGAUGAAAAUGUGGAGAUGAUAGAUGAGUCCACUGUGCAGACAUUCUUUGGGUCUGCGCAGGAGUACUCAGGCAAUACAGAUCAUGGGUACAUCUUAUUCUAUGAGAGCCUCAGGUGGUAGAAGUUAAGAGAGAGGUUUUCUUCAUAGCAAGUUAUUUGCCUGGCACUUGUUUACCUCCAUUACUUUCCCCUCCGUAGAACAAUUAGACGUUCUUGGAGUUGUGUAAGAUGAGAUGUGAAAGAUGUGAUCUUUUGGGUGAUUGUAGUGUACAGUGGAUAGUGGAAAUGCACUGUCUGUUUCUUCAACAAUAAAAUAGAAGUCUACAUGGAUGGUAAAAGUUUUAGUCUUGUUGUGUUCGUCAAUGUUGAAUAUUUGUAAUAGACAAUGCGAUCUUCCCCCGGAGAGUGUUUCUUGUGAGCUGUAUCUGCAUGUACUGGAAAGCAGGACUUAUAGGACUUUUUCCUGAGCCUUGAUACCUUUGAUUGUACAUGUGAGGGACUUUGGAUCUUCCACACUUUACAGGCCAGUUUUGUUUAUCAAAUUUUGGCAAAUGUAAAAACCUAGACAGGAAAUUAGACUGCAGGUAAUUGUGUCUGUAAUUGAAUUGAAUGGAUUGGAUUCUCAACUUUUCAAGGUUUAUGCAGGAUUCU